ACGAGCAUCUACCCAGACCUCUCCCGACACUAUUUUACCAUGCCUGGCGUCCUGGCGGCACUGACUGGAUCAGCAGCGGGCUCGGGCGGAGACGGGGGCCAGGGCCUUCGCGACGAGAGGAAGAAGGGCCGCACCGAGGGCGGCACGAAGGAAGAGUCCAAGCAGAUCGCCGAGCAGAUCCCCGACAAGCAGAAGAAGCUCUUCGCACUCAUGCUGAAGCAGAUCCUCAGGCUCAGCCAGCAGUGCCGCGACAUGUCAGGGGUCAUCUUCGACACUCUCAUCGCCCCGAUGACGGUCGCAUUCAUCACGAUGAUGAGCGAACAGACCGUGGCCUACGCCGCCGAGACCAAGUCAAAGGGCAAAGAGCACACCCUCGGACCUCCGCACAUAUAUGCGAUGGGCGGCCUCAUCAAGGGACUCAUGACGUACGGGGACAGCCUCGGAGCCCAGAACAACACCGACCUCGCGACAGCAUGGAAGGAGUACGACGGGUACUCAGUCGAGCAGAAGUGCGAGCUAAUUCUAUUCUGCCGCCAGGACAAGGUCUUCCAGAAGGAACGUCGCAGGAUCACCUUCGCCACCAGGGACGCGAAGUUCCGCAGCAUUCUACUGGCCUGCCUCUCCCAAGUGCCACAGACGACACGCAAGUACGGCAGAGCCCCAGCAUCGUUCAUGGAGCGGGAGAUUCAGACCUUCCUGGAGGCCCUACUGAAGUGA